AUGGGGAAGAAGGCGGAGCAGAAGAAGAAGGAAAAGAUCUUGGAGGACAAGACAUUUGGACUCAAAAACAAAAACCGCAGCUCCAAGGUGCAGUCCUACAUCCAGUCUGUCUCUAAGAGCGUGAAUCAGGGAAACCCAAAUGAGCGCAAGCGCACAGAUGAGCUGGAUGCAAAGCGGAAGGCCCGGGAGGAGAAGCGGGCCUUUGAGGCAGAGAUGGCAAAACUCUUUAAGGACGUAGGUGGGCCGGGCAAACCCGUCACACACGGGCCACUGGAGGAGGGCGACGCGGAGGACGCCGACAGGAACCUUGGCUGUGCUCCGGAGGACUACCUGUUCCGGCCCGAGGACUUUGAAGAGGUGCAGCACGAUGAGCGCCGAUUAGAGGAGAAGCUUGAGGCGGAGCGGGAGGCGCUGAAGGACCGCACCGACCUCACACCCGUGACAGAGGAGAGUUUUCAGGCCUGGAAGGCAGCGAAGCGGGUGCAGGCAGCCGAGCUGGAGGCGGUGCGGGUGCGCAAGGCGAAGGCAGGCGAGGGCAAACUGCGCGGCUGGGACCUGUGGCAGAUGGACAAGGAGCUCUUCGUUGACGACGACGACGCGGAUGAGGAGUACGAGCGGGAGGAGAGUGUGGAUGACGACAACGACGAAGAGGCAGCCUACGACCUUUCAUGA